GAUCAUCCCUAUCAUGCACAGGAGAACUGCAUUGCUUGCCUCAAGCAGCACUUGGCAUAUGAAGUCUUCUUUGGCGGUUGCACAGCGAAACCUUCAUGCGGAUGUCCAACGCCAAUCGAGUUGCGGCCAUGAAGAAUCGAGAGCCUUCCUGCAACCAAGCAGCUCUCCAAUAUUGUGCGAAUGCGUUGGAUCGCGACCCGCGCAGCGGGCUCCUUGCCUGUGCCGUGGGUACAUAUCGUGCUGAAUUGGCGACGAAUGUUCGUCAUUUAAACGACGCGAUUGAUUGCCUUAUGACUGCCCUGGAACUCGACUGCUCCCUCCUCGUCGCUCAUUACAAUCUUGCAGCUCUCUUCGACCUUUUCGCGACGCGUUCUCCCUCGGGAUAUAUUCCGGACAGGACCGAAACUCUCCAGCAUGCUUGUGCUAGAUAUCGCACAGUGCUAAAGUGGAUUUCUAGGGAUGGACAAGGCGCUAUGAGCUAUACCUCCAUCCAGAAGCGAUUGUCUGCACUUGAAACGUACGAAAUCGGAUCUCCCAUUGAUGCACCCCAGCUCGUCUCAGUUUCUGAUCCCGCGUUCCAGAAAUGCCUGGAGGGUUAUCAAGGAAAAAAUAACAAGAAACUGGUACCAGAGCGGUUUGACCAGGACGAUCCCCUGGUGAGCCUCUGUAUCCACGAGGCCAUCAGAGAACAUGGAGCGAGGAAAAAGGCAGCAUUCAAGGCUCGCAAGAGAAUUGGUAGAAGGUUCACGAAGUUGCUACGAUUUCUGCAGCGGGAUGGCCCCUCUGUGGGUUCUACAGGAGAUAUCAGGGGAAGCUUGCUGGCGCAUUUUCAAGCAAUUCUUGAGCGGGAAGGGAGCAUACCCAAGGAGAUGAUCAAGGUCUUGCACUUCCUCGGCGAAAAUGAAGGCACACUUCGGACAUUCCCGUCGUUUGCAAAGGAAAAGGAGAAGAAGAGCUGGGCUUUGGCAAAUGCUGACCAACGCUUAGACCUACUGGGUGGCUGUAGCCUCUGGCCGGGGGAAGACUGUGAUGAGGGGAUGCGCUCGAGUCUGAGAUUCCUCGAUGUGAUGUAUGAUGUGUAA